CAUGGCUCCGGUUUUCAACUUUUGAUAACUUUAAGUUGUGUCAUUAUGAAGACAACAGAGAAGUUCGGAUCUACAAUAUAUUACACGAAUACAGACAGACACACAGACCUACACACCCACACAAAUACAGACAGAUAUACAGACAUAUACGUGCCACACACACAAACGACAGACAGACGCACAGACCUAUCCCACACACAUAUACACCCAACGUACAUACACAUACACACCUGCAUAUAUAUAUAUAUAUAUAUAUAUAUAACAUUACGAUUCAAUUUGAAGUUUUAUUCUGUUAGAAAUAAAUUUACAGGAAUUCAUCACUAA